AUGGCUGAACGAAAAGAACAUGGCAGGGUAAAUAAGAAAUCUGAGGAAUGGGCGAUUAAUAGAACAUUGGUGGAUACAUGUCGUGCAGUUGAUAUUUUAUUUUAUCGCACAUUCAAAGCAAUGAGAUACAAAGAUGGAGAACUGACGAAUUCAAUUUACAAUGUACAUGGAUUCAAUAAAGAGAUUACAAAACCAAAGGGAGAGAUUGUGCUGAGAAUAUUACUGGGAGAAAUAGACACAGAGGUGACACUCUGUGUGGUUGACAUAGAUUCACCAUAUAAUAUGUUGCUGGGAAGACCGUGGGUGCAUGCGAUAAAAGCUGUAGCGUCGAAAUUACAUCAAUGCAUAAGAUUUCCAAUUCCAAGUGGAAUAGGAGAGAUUAAAGGAGAUAUUGCAGAUGCGAAGUUCUGUAAUGAAGUGGAUAUAAAGAAUUAUGAAGGUCGUGCAAAGAAACGAAAAGAUCGUUGGAGAAGGGAAAAAGAAUUAAAGAAGGAAGAAGAAUUUUGCAUAUACAUGAUUAGAGCGAAAGAGGUAAAAGGAAUCCCGAGUGAAAUACCAGAAGAAAGAACAAUAAACAUUUUAAGAGAAUAUAAUGAUGUCUUCGCAUGGAGAAUGGAAGAAAUGCCAGGAAUAGAUCCGUCUGUCGCAUGCCAUAGAUUGGAUAUUAAGAAGAACGCAAAACCGUUCAAACAAAGAAUAAGAAAAAUAGCAACAACAUAUCAUCCACAAAUAGAAACAGAAUUGCAAAAGAUGUUACAAGAAGGGAUCAUAAGGCUAGAAAAAUACCCGGAAUGGAUAGCAAACAUGGUGGUAGUGCCAAAAAGGAACAAAGGGAUACGAAUCUGUAUAGAUUUCACUGAUCUAAAUAAAGCAUGCCCGAAAGACAGUUUCCCAUUACCGGAUAUCCCACAAAUGGUAGAAUCGGCAUCAUGA